AUGCACGCAGCGUCUCAUCAGAAAAUCCCUAGCAUCUUCGAGCUGCAGCUACUAACUAACACAAUGAACCUCUUCGAUCAUAACAUUCCUAAGUCACCAACAGAGACUACAGAAAAGAUUGAAACCAAAGUAGACCAACUCAAAAGAUUAUGGUCACCGAACGAAGACGAAUUACUCCGAAAGGCUAUUUCAACUAUGAAGCAACCAAUAUCUUGGGACGAAAUUGCAAAAGCUGUCCCAGGAAGAACACCGAAACAAUGCCGUGAAAGAUGGCUUCACAGACUUUGUCCAGACGUCAAUAAAGCACCAUUUCAGAAAUGGGAAGAUGAAUUGAUCGUUGUUGAAUGCGAAAAGAUCGGAAAUCACUGGACAGCAAUCGCAUCUAAGCUCCCUGGAAGAACUAGUUGCGCUGUUAAGAACCGAUGGUAUACAGUACUUAGAAAUAGAAUUGGCAAGCCUACUAACCAGACCUCAUUCUAUCCUUCCCAAGAAACAAUUAAUGUAUACUACGUUCCUCAAUAUAUUCCUCAAUACGCUUGA